CGGGAGAUCGGGAGACCCGACUGGUAUAUGGUUAAGUUAGCAGUGCCUCCGCGACGCGGCGCUCGAGUCGGUAUUGCACGCGCGUCUUCCUCCGCCCCCGCGGCGUCACAGGGGGCGUCGUCGUCAGACUGAAGGUCUGAAGGUCACCCAGGCAUGUCUUGGACGAGGAGGGGAGGCGGAAGGGCUCCAAGGCCGCCCCAGCUGCCGCUGCUGCUGUUGCGGAUGACGUCAUUGCUGCUCGCGGUGACGUCAUCGUGCGCCGACUACCGGGUGGGCGUCGGCAUCGCAGACAUGACCGGCCCCGUCGCCGAAAUCGGCAUGAUGGGCUACGCCAACCCGGCGCAGAAGACGGCGGGCAUCCACCUCCGCCAGUUCGCGCGCGCCUUCGUGUUCGACGACGGCAGCAGCCGCCUGGCCUUCGUGAGCGCCGACUGCGGCAUGAUCUCGCACGCGCUCAAGCGGCAGGUGCUGAGGCGGCUGAGGACAGAGUUCGGCGACACGUACGCCGACGCCAACCUCAUGCUGAGCGCCACGCACACGCACUCCGCCCCGGGCGGCUACCUGCACUACUUCCUGUACGACGUCUCCGUGCUGGGAUUCGUGCGCCAGACCUUCGACGCCUACGUCGACGGCAUCGUCCAGAGCGUGAAGCGGGCCCACGGCAGCGUGGUGGAGGCCAAGGUGUGGCUGAACAGCGGCGAGCUGGACGGCUUCAGCGUGAACCGCAGUCCGGCGGCCUACGCCAACAACCCCAGCGCCGAGAGGAAGAGGUACCCGAAGGACGUGGACACGACGAUGGUGCAGCUGCGGCUCGAGAGGUUGGACGGCUCGCCGCUGGGAGCGCUGCAGUGGUUCGCCGUGCACCCGACCAGCCUGAACGUCACCAACCACCUGAUAUCGGGCGACAACGUGGGCGCCGCGUCGCUCUUCUUGGAGCAGAGGAUGGACCCAGGCGCCUUGCCCGGGAAGGGCGGGUUCGUGGGCGCCUUCGCUUCGAGCAACCUGGGGGACGUGUCGCCAAACGUGGUGGGGCCCAGGUGCGAGCUCAGCGGCCAACCCUGCGACGAGGCCGUCGGCUGCACGGGGCGCGGGGAGCGCUGCUUCUCCAGCGGCCUGGGCGAUGACAUGUUCUCCAGCGCGCGCCUGCUGGCCUUGGCGCUCGUCGACAAGGCGGCGGAACUGUUCGAGGACAAGAAGGGAGCCCGCGAGUUGAAAGGCCCUUUGAAGGUCGUCCACCAGUACAUCGACAUGCCGAAUGCCACGGCUUCCGUGUACGACGAGAAGACCAGAAAACAUAAAACGGUGAAGGGCUGCCUGCCGGCCAUGGGCUACAGCUUCGCGGCGGGCACGCGGGACGGCCCAGGUCCCCCGGGCUUCAAGCAGGGCGCCCUCACCUCAGACCCGCUGCUCGACAUGGUGCGCAACCUGCUGGCCAAGCCCACGCCGGCCGACGUGCGCUGCCACGCCGCCAAGCCCAUCCUCGUCGACACCGGCCGGAUGAGCUACCCGUACCCGUGGCAGCCGCGGGUGGUGCCCACACAGCUGGCGGCGCUGGGCCAGCUGGCGGUGGCCUGCGUGCCUGGGGAGCUCACCACCAUGUCCGGCCGGCGGCUGCGCGCGGUCCUGCGCCCCCAGCUGCCCUCCGCCGACCUGGUGGUGGUCGCCGGCCUCUGCAACGAGUACUCCAGCUACGUGGCCACGCCGCAAGAGUACCAGGUUCAGCGCUAUGAAGGAGCUUCAACUAUCUUUGGUCCAUACACCCUGCCCAUAUACUUGCAGCAAUAUUCCAAACUGGCCAAGGCUCUCGCUACUAACGCGCGGCUGGCGGAAGGUCCUCUGCCGGAGGACUUCUCGGACAAGCUGGUGUCCUUCGUGGCUCCGGUGCUGUUCGACAACCCUCCCUUCCGCCGCCAGUUCGGCGACGUGCUGAGGCAGCCCGACAACGCCACGCGGCCGGGGGAGGUCAUCCACGUCGUGUUUGUUUCAGGACACCCCAGAAACAACCCCAGGCAUGGCGACACUUUCCUCACAGUGGAGAUGCGUUUAGCCGAUGGCACCUGGAAGACUGUGGCCACCGAUGCCAACUGGGAGACCAGGUUCCGGUGGGAGCGCACCAACCGCGCGCUGGGGUACAGCGAGGCGCACGUCACGUGGGAGGUACCGCUGGACGCCGCCCCGGGCCGGUACCGCGUCAGGCACUUCGGCGACUACAAGUACAUCUUCGGCGGCGUGUACCCCUACCAGGGGACGUCCGACACCUUCCAGGUUGUCAGAGACACGGGAGGGAGUGCAGCCUUCUUGUGAACGCGGCGAAGGACGCAGGGUUGUUUUCUUCGCCAGCCCACGGCUGUUCCGCCACGUCUAGUCAGCUUCGAGAAACAUUGCCGCUGGCCAUUCCUACAGCCUCUGUCGCGCAACUCGACUCAAUUUCGACAGUCGUCGAAAGUAAUACAGUAAAACCUCGUUCAUCCGGACUAACUGGGACCAAAGGCAAUCCGAACAAUUGAAAAUCCGGAUUAUCCAGAUAAUAAGGAUAAUAAAGAAAAAAAUAUAUAUUUAAAUAAGCAGACUUACAUGAUACUACGAUAAAAAAAACACGUUUUGUAACAAAAUUACAUGGUAUACAUGUCAUAUAAUGUUAAAAAGUUAUUGAAAAAUAUAAAAAUAAAAUUUCACGUAACUUCUUAAAAUUCUAUAUUCUGUUACAAACACGUGUGGCGUUUGAAUGAAGCACGGCCAGGUACAUUACCGUGUGUUAACCGCCUUUUUUGUUUUGCAUAGAUGUAGUAUGCAUUUGUAUUUUUUUUUAUGUGAACAUUAAAUAAAAUGUCUACAAAUCUGAUCCGGAUUAUCCGGAGAUCCGGAUAAAGGACGGCCGGAUAAACGAGGUUUUACUGUACCUAUUGUCUAACGUUUACUUCUGACACUGCAGUUUCAAUAAAAAAAAAAAAAGUCUGUAAACAACUUCAUGUGGUCAUCAGCACUACUUGGGAGAACUGUCAUGUAACUGUCAUUUGAGAAAAUUUACAUGACGGAGACAUUGCCAAGAUUGGAACUGAUAUGUUCUCGUUACUCACGCGAGUUGUAUAUAUUGUAUAUGUAUUUUUUUUUAGACAACUGUAUGUUAUAAUAAUAAAGAUUAAAAAAUUA